CAGUUCUCCUUGUGGCUGCUGGUUUGAAUCUACAAACCAAAUUGGAAUUGGAAGAGGAUAAAUUUAGCUGAUCUGUAAAUCACCAGAUCUUUGUGCAGUCUGGCAGAAUGGCUGACAGUCCAAACUGUGAUUUGAAAUCUCUGAGUCCACUUCAGCUGUUUGAAAGAGUCACUGAACAAGGAGAGAAAGUCAGAGCACUGAAAGCAGGAAAAGCACCAAAGGAUGAAAUUGAUGCAGCAGUGAGGAUGCUACUGUCAUUAAAAUUGUCAUAUAAAACAGCAACAGGACAAGAUUAUCAGGCAGGCUUGCCUCCAAAAGAUCUUGUGUUGAUAAACAAUGGCACAGCUAAAGAAGAGGACGAGGAUUUGGUGGAUCCCUGGAAUGUGCAGACAUCAAAUGCUAAGGGCGUGGAUUAUGACAAGCUCAUAGUUCGGUUUGGCAGCAGUAAAAUCGACACAGAUCUGAUCAAUCGAAUAGAAAGAGCUACUGGGAAAAGACCUCACCACUUUCUACGCAGAGGAAUCUUUUUUUCUCACAGAGAUAUGGACCAAAUCCUCGAUGCUUAUGAAAAUAAGAAGUCCUUUUACCUUUAUACAGGCAGAGGACCAUCCUCUCAGGCAAUGCAUGUUGGUCAUCUUAUCCCAUUCCUGUUCACAAAGUGGCUGCAAGAAGUAUUUGAUGUUCCCUUAGUUAUACAGUUAACUGAUGAUGAGAAAUACCUUUGGAAGGACAUGACAAUUGAGAAGGCAUAUGAGUAUGCUAAAGAAAAUGCAAAGGACAUCAUUGCAUGUGGGUUUGACGUCAAUAAAACCUUUAUAUUUUCAGAUUUAGACUACUUAGGGACAAGUUCCGGAUUCUACAAAAACAUUGUCAGAGUUCAGAAACAUGUGACAUUUAACCAAGUGAAAGGAAUCUUUGGCUUCACAGACAGCGACUGCAUUGGUAAGAUCAGUUUUCCUGCUAUUCAAGCUGCUCCAUCCUUCAGUUCAUCAUUUCCACAGAUCUUUAAUGGCAAGGAGAACAUUCAGUGUCUGAUCCCAUGUGCUAUUGAUCAGGAUCCUUAUUUCAGAAUGACCCGGGAUGUAGCACCUAGAAUUGGACAGCCUAAACCAGCCUUGCUGCACUCAGUCUUCUUCCCAGCCCUACAAGGAGCACAGACCAAAAUGAGUGCUAGUGACCCAAACUCCUCCAUCUUCCUCACUGAUACCCCCAAACAAAUCAAGACAAAGAUUAACAAACAUGCCUUCUCGGGGGGCAGAGACACUAUAGAAGAGCACAGGAAGUAUGGAGGAAACUGUGAUGUUGAUGUGUCUAUUAUGUACCUGACUUUCUUCCUGGAAGAUGAUGCCAGGCUUGAACAACUGAAGCAGGCAUACACCAGUGGGGAAUUGCUCACGGGGGAGCUGAAGAAAGUGCUUAUUGAGACAAUGCAGCCCUUGAUAGCAGCUCAUCAAGAGAGAAGGAAGCAGGUCACAGACGAAGUUGUGAAGCAGUUCAUGACUCCACGGAAAUUAGCUUUUGAAUUUUGAAGAAAUGUGUAUGUAACUUAGCACUUGAUAAUCCAAAACCAAUUAACCGUUGUCUUCUGUUGUAUGUCAUCACUUCCUGCUUAUGUACAGCCUGGAAUCAGUGCUUUAUAAAUACUGCUUGUAAGGAAUUCAUUGCCAUGAACAGCAGAGUCCAGAGAAAGUUUAAAGCAAGACUUGUAUCUAUUUAAAAUUGGAAUAUAAAAGGCAGAAUUGACCAGUCUUGCAGAAAAGCAUGUAUGUCAGCAUAAUAUUGUAUUUUAAUGUAUUUCAUGUUGAAAAUAUAAAUAAAAUUUCCAUUUGAUGAUAAA